AUGGCUGAUGCUCUAAAAGCUGAGGGCAACAAGGCCUUUGCGGCCAAAGACUUUACUACAGCUGUUGACAAAUUCACACAAGCCAUAGAGCUCGAUCCAUCGAAUCACGUCCUAUACUCGAAUCGAUCAGGAUCCUAUGCGUCACUUAAGCAGUACGAAAAAGCUCUCGAGGAUGCAGAUAAGUGCACAGAACUCAAGCCAGACUGGGCCAAAGGCUGGACUAGAAAAGGCGCAGCUGAGCAUGGAGUUGGGAAUCUGCUGGAAGCAAACGAUGCAUUUGAAGAGGCUUUGAAGCUGGAUUCGACCAACGCUCAGGCCAAAUCUGGUCUCGAAUCUGUGAAGAGAGCCAUUGAGGCAGAAGCCAGAGCCGAUGGUGUUACUGGUGAUCCUACCGGCGGCAUGGGAGGCAUGUUCAGCGAUCCGCAGAUGCUGCAGAAGCUGGCCGCCAACCCAAAAACCUCGAAAUAUCUGGCAGACCCAGGCUUUAUGCAGAAGCUGCAAAACCUGCAAAAGAAUCCCAACGACAUGAGUGCCAUGAUGAGUGAUCCACGAUUGCUAGAAGUUAUGGGUGUCAUGCUUGGAAUAGACUUGUCUGCCAUGGGAGGUGCUGGCGCUGGAGCUGACGGAGCUGGUUCAGCCGCCCGAGAGACAGAAGAGGAUGUUCCCAUGACCGAUGCACGACCUACCUCUCGACCUCCUCCGCCUCAGUCGAAGAAGGCGCCUGAACCUGAACCCGAGCCAGAACCGGAGGACGAGGAAGCUGUUGCGAAGAAGAAGGCCAAGGAGGAAGCAGAAGCAGAAAAGAAGGCGGGAACAGAAAACUAUAAAAAGCGCCAAUUCGACGAGGCCAUCGAACAUUACACAAAAGCUUGGGAUUUACACAAGGACAUUACCUACCUCACUAACCGAUCCGCUGCCAAAUUCGAAAAGGGCGACUACGAUGGUUGCAUCGAGGACUGUAAGACUGCAAUUGCCGAAGGUCGUGAAAUACUAGCGGACUUCAAAUUGAUUGCCAAGGCUUAUGGCAGAAUUGGUUCAGCGUACGAGAAGAAGGGUGACCUUGCCAAUGCGAUUGAUAACUACCAGAGAUCCCUCACCGAGCAUAGAACACCAGAUACCCUCACGAAGCUGAAAGCGGCCGAGAAAGCCAAGAUCAAGUACGAGCGGGAGUCCUACAUGAGUCCCGAAAAGGCUGAAGAAGCACGAGCGCUAGGCGCUGAGAAGUGGAAGGCAGCAGAUUGGCCAGGCGCAGUCGCUGCUUAUGAAGAGAUGAUCAAGCGUGCUCCCGACGAUCCAAGAGGCUACAGCAAUCGAGCAGCUGCACUAAUCAAACUUCUGUCUUUCCCUUCUGCUAUUGAAGACUGCGACAAGGCCAUAGCUCUGGAUCCCACCAUGGUCAAGCCCUAUCUGCGCAAAGCUCAGUGUCUGAUGGGCAUGAAAGAGUACAAUCGUUGCUUGGAUGUGCUCGACGAGGCAAGGAAGAAGGAUACCGACGGUAAGAGUGCGAGGGAAAUCGAUGAGGCGGAGCGUAAAGCGAUGGAGGCACAGUAUGAGUCGAGGUCUGGAGAGACCGAAGAGGAGACUAGUGCCAGAAUCCAGAGAGAUCCGGAGAUCAUGAGCAUACUCAGCGAUCCAGUCAUGCAAUCAAUUCUACAGCAAGCCAAGGGCGAUCCAGCCGCAUUACAAGAACAUAUGAAGAACCCUGGCGUCGCAAGCAAGAUCAGAAAACUCAUUGCUGCUGGAGUCAUUCGACUUGGCAGGUAG